AUGGUUCUGAUGGUCCCACGAAGAAGGCCGCCAUGAUCCCUCUCAGUAUUUGGCAAACUAAACAGUUGAAGACAGUUCAAGACGGCUUUUUUUUGUUUUCGCUUACAUUUAAUUUAUAAUUGUUUAUAUAAUUGACAUUCAUGCAUUUAGUUAUCGAUAUUUAACUCUCAACACGUCACGGAGUUUCCUUUUCUGUCAUGCGCACAUAUAAAAGGCGCAUUUUUUGACAUUUUUGACACCUUCAGUAUCUCAACAAAAUGAGGAAAUACGAAACCUUUAAAAGGAAGAAAUAUGAAAUCCUGCAGCCUAUCGGCGAGGGAUCUUUUGGGCAAGUGUACAAAGCAAGAAAGCGUUCAGACGGUGAAAUCGUGGCUUUUAAAAUGAUAAGAAAGUGUGGCAGAUCAAACAAGGAGCUCAACAGUCUACGUCAAGAAUGCAAUAUUCAGCGUUUUUUGCAGCAUCCAAAUAUCGUGCAGAUGAUAGAUUCAUUCGAAACAGAAAAUGAAAUCGUGGUUGUAACAGAAUACGCAGAUAAGGAAUUGUACCACAUACUCGCCAAGGAAGGUAGAUUGUCCGAGGAGAGGGCACAAGUAAUAGCUUGCGAUUUGGUGUCUGCCCUUUAUUACCUCCAUUCAAAUCGGGUGAUGCACAGAGAUCUCAAGCCACAAAAUGUUCUCCUGGAAGCAAAUGGUAUAGCGAAACUGUGCGAUUUUGGAUUUGCUCGUAGCAUGAGCACUGGUACUCAUGUACUCACUUCAAUCAAAGGUACGCCAUUGUACAUGGCUCCAGAACUCAUAGAGGAACAUCCAUAUGAUCACAAUGCUGAUUUGUGGUCUUUAGGCUGCAUUAUUUACGAAUUAGUGGUAGGUGCUCCUCCAUUUCAAACUAACUCAAUCUUGCACCUGGUUAAGUUGAUCAGAUUUGAAGCAAUAAAGUGGCCAGAUUUCAUAUCUCCAAUUUGCAAGAGCUUCUUACAGGGUUUACUUCAGAAAGACCCUUCUCAACGAUUAACUUGGCCGAAUCUUCUCCAACAUCCGUUUGUCAAGGAUCGAAUUAUAAUAGUAGGUAGCACUGUACCGACUCCAUUUACAGAUCCGUUAUCUGCAAGCCAAGAAAGAGAAAAGCAGCAACAAUUACAAAGUUUAGCAAUGCGUAGUGCAAAACAAUCCAAGGUUGCAGAGAAAGCAAUAAAAAAAUUACAAGAACAGGAAAGAAGAAAUUACGAGUAUCGACAACGAACAUGUAUCUCGCAACCGGGCUAUCUAAUGUCCCCUGCUUAUUGUCAUCAUAUGAUAAACCACUGUCAAGCAUUACGUCGCAGUGAGCCAAGUGGCACUGAUUCUAGCGCCAGUAUCGAUGUACUCUUAGGAAAUCUCAGUCUCAGGGCGUCUCUGAGAAGUGAUCUUUUAGCUGCAGAUCACGCUCUAUGCCAGAGUGACUGUCCGCAUAGCGCAGACGCGCAGCACAAUUUCCCAAUGCAAGACGAUCACUCGAAACCUGUUCAAACGCAAACGGAUGAUAGUCAUUCCAUACGACAAUUGAAUAAGGAAAUAUAUCACACUAAUGCUCAAGGUGAUGGACUCAAUGUAGGCCAGCAAAUCGAAAAAUCUUCACACGUAGAUCAAACUACGCAUGGCGAUGGUGACUGCAAACAGAGCUGCUUGAGCAUUGAUUACGAACGGGAAUUUGGUGAGAGAAACCUGGCUGAAAAACACAUGAGAUUGCCAGAUUGGGAUCCGAGGGCGGUGGAAAGGCCCAUCGAAAACGAAGAAUGGAUUGCGUUCUUACAAAGAUCAAUGGAAGAAGUUAUGGAGGGUGAAAUUGAUUCAUUGCUGCAGCAGAAUUGCGUCUCGGUGUUUGUUUCCCCUUUACGAAAUCCAGCAGCCGGUUGUCGAGUUGUCGAAUACGUAACUUGUUUAUUAUCAUUGCCGUUUACCGUAUCAGUCAGUAAGGAGAAUCUCAAGAAGAUCGAACGGGUUUAUUUGGACGUGAGAGUAGUACCAAAUCUCGUUUACGCCAUAAAGCUGUUGAUGUCGGAACGUUCCGAUAACGAGUUGAAUGCGACGAAUACAGGGAACAUGAGAACGAGAUCGGCAUCCUCUUUAUCCGCCGAUGAACUUCAAGCACUCGAAUGCGCGAUGCUAGUUCUCUGUAGAUUGGUUUACAUUGAGAAUCAAUUUCUCAUGCAGUUUUGCGACGCUAUUUACAUUGUGAAUGGAAUGCCAUUUCUGCAGCAACUGCUAACUUUAGAAAAAAGGAAGGCAAGAGUCGUUGCAGAUCUCGUUGCUAUUUUAAAUAACGUUUUACGAUCUCAACCUGAGAAUGCCGAGCUUGUGGAACAAGUCGUGCUGCGUACAAAAACACCCGGAGCUUCGGUGGAGCAGCUUAACAAACUUCUCAAUCAUCGACAAAGUGUCUUACGAGCAAGGACAUGCACUAUGAUCAGAUUGCUGGGUAGAUUUUGCUGCAGAGCGUUACAGCAGAUCUGGAACAAGUCAUUGAGAGAUCUUAUAGAGGGUUUAAUCGAGGAUGAAGAUGAACAUGUCCGACACGCGGCGGAGGAGGCUGUAAAUGAAUUGAAACAACUAACGUAUUACAGUUAGAAUUGUAAUACCGGUUAAGUGCCUUAGGAUGAAAUAAGCAGAUUGUUAGAGACCAGUUUUCAAUGUUAUUGUUGCUCAAUAAGUCUUACGAUGCCUCAAGAUUAAAUACUUUAUUUUUGGAUAGACUGAUAAUUAUACUUAAGAGAUGAAAUAUUUAUAAUAUUUUUAUAUAUUCAUUUAUAAAAUGAUAAAUGUGCACUUUAAUCUAAAAAAA